CCCCUGCUGACUAAUAUUUCGACACGUUAAGCGUGAUAAUAGUGUCUGUUCUUACUGUUUUAAUAGCUGCUUCAAUUCCAUUGUCCGAAAGUUGCCGGAAAUCUCCGAUGUAAGCCGAAACGUCAGUCCUGGAGGACUGCUGGAGGCGGCCGCAGCGCCAUGUUGAACGAAGUCAUUCUACUCAGUAGAGAGCUACUCGAGAAAUAGCACUUCUAAGGAUCAGGUAUUAUUAAUUUCAGAAAGGGCACGUCGUCGAGAUCGCCCUGGCAAGCAGAGACGAACUGGAUCCUCGGACACCCCGAGCGGGGAGGGGGAACAACCCCCCUACCUUCAGCAAUGAAGACAAACCCCAAUAAGCGCUAGCUAGCUAACGUAUCAAUAAGCUAGCUAGCUAGCAAAAGCUGUGUGUUUGAGCUAGCUUUUCCGUCACCGGCAACUCGCUCGCUGAGGGCCUGCUGCUGGCUAGCUACAUUUUAUACGCGUUAUUUUUUAAGCUACCGGCCUACAUAGCUCGCUGUUUCUGUAAAUAGUCGCAUUUGAUUUAUUUUAUUUUUCUUUUUUUGCAAUGAGUUUGCCGCAGAAAGCGGUGCCGAAGUCAGCCGCUCCCGCCGCCGGACCCGGACCGGCUAACUCCUCUCAGCUGCGGACUCCGCUAGCCUCAGUGCCGCUGCCGGGGCCGCCGCUCGCUCAGCAGCCUCCAACGCAAGUUUUCCUUAAUGCGUUGCACCCCAGGAUCCCCAGAGUGCAGCCGCCGCUGGACGAGCGACUCUUCUCCACACAGCCCGGCGUUGCUGCUGUCUACAGUGUCCAGAGACCCCCUGGCCCUCCCUACACACCCCACGAAAUUAGCAAGGGACACCCGAACCUUGCGGCCACGCCGCCGGGCCACGCCUCCUCACCCGGCCUUUCUCAGGUAUCAGUUUCCACAGUAUCCACUGCGCAUCUGUAUGGCCACCCUAAAGCCUGGGAGGCAGGAGGAGGGUCGCCGUACACGGUGGGUCAGAAUGCCGGUACAGCCCCGCUGGUCUACUCACCGCAGACACAACCAAUGAACGUCCCGCCUCAAAGCCGCCCGUUUGCCCCAGGGCCUCGUCCUACCCACCACCAGUUUUUCCAGAGGGCUCAGAUGCAGCCUCAACGGCCCACCAUUGCAAGCAACAGCCCUUCAAUUCGACCUGCCUCUCAGGCCCCGAAUGCCACCGUAUACUCGGCAAGCCCGCCUAUCAUGAUGUCCAUGACUCCGAUGCCCUUCGCUUCCCCCCAGGCUGCCCAGUACUACAUCCCUCAGUAUCGCCACAAUGCUCCUCCAUAUGUGGGGCCUCCUCAGCAGUACUCGGUCCAACCCACAGGACCCAGUACUUUCUACCCCGGACCUAAUCCUGGAGAGUUUCCUCCAGCAUAUCCUGCGGGAACGCCAUACUACCCUGGUCAGACCAUGUACACCCCUUCUCCAUCCAUAAUAGUGCCUACACCACAGCAACCUCCACCCGCCAAGAGGGAGAAGAAAACAAUCCGUAUCCGAGACCCUAACCAGGGUGGCAAGGACGUCACAGAGGAGAUCCUGUCAGGUGUGGGUGGGAGUCGGAACCCCACUCCGCCAGUAGGAAGGCCCUCCUCCACCCCGACUCCUCCACAGCAGCUGAACCAGGUAGUGGAACAUGGGCAUGUCAUCUAUAAUGUGGACAGUGCCCAGGUCCUCCCUGCUCCUGUCGACUUGAAACCAGAUGACAAGCCAAAGCUUGAAAGUGUUGUACUAAAGUCUUCUUCACCUGGACUGCGCCCUGUGGAGCCUCCCGGGCAAAGGCGAGAGCCCAGCAGCCCUGCCCCUGACCCACAUCCCCCAGAGAAAUCAGAGCUUCCACCCUCAAUCCCAGAAGUGGCCCAGUGUGUAAUUGCAGCAGCCCCGGUUCCCACUCUCAGCCCCUCUAAGCCCAUCUCAGCAGUGGAUGCAGCAGAAAAGCCCACCCCUCCAGCAGAGUCCAGUCCUGCACAAGCUGUCACACCAGAGCCAGAUAAACCAGAGCCUGAGCAAGUGCCACCAGAGGUGCCAGCUUCUGCAGCACAGGCUCUGAAAGCAGUCAAUGGGCUGGUUGAAACAGAAACCACUCCUCCUCCUCCUCCUCCUCUUCAUGAUGACUCCGAUUUUCUGCCCCCGUCUCAGUCAUCCACAGAGCCCAGUACUGUCCCAGAGACCUACAGUUUGGAUGUGAAGGCUGCAAGUCCUCCAGUUUCGGAAACUGUUUCAUCAGGCACUAUGACUCCUUCCCUGCCCACCGCCAUCGCUGCUGCUGCUGCCACCGCUGCUGUUAUUGCUGUUCCCACACCACCUCCAGGUCUCACUCAUCCAGGCCAGACCCCUGUAGAGGCAAGUCCAGCCCAGACAGCCUCGCCUGGGCCAGAGCUCAGAGAUGCUGGAAAAGAGGCAGAGGUUGCCCUGGAAGAGAAAGUGGAGUCCACAUUACAAUCCAACCUUAGACAAAAUUCAAGUCAAGUUACAUCUAGUGUACCAAAGACCUGGAAAAAGCCAAAAGAGGAAGCUGUCGUGGAGCAGACCCAGUGUCCUGAUAGAGAGGAUAAGCUGGAGCCAGCUGUAGAAGCUACAGUGGAGAAUUCCAGCCCGUUGCCUGUGGCUGUGGAAUAUCGGGCUUCAGCAGAAACACCAGGAGAAGAGAACGGAGAGCAGGAAACGGAGCCGCUGAAGAACGGACCCGAGCACAGCUCUGAGGCUGAAAGCAGUGAUGGAGUCCUCACAGCUGCACUCGAGGAGUCCAACAGCAACACAAUUCAGAAGCCGGAGCUGAAGAACGGGAAGAGGCAAUACAAUCGAGACUUUCUGUUGGGCUUUCAGUUCAUGCCAGCCUGUGUGCAGAAGCCAGAGGGUCUUCCACCCAUAUCUGAUGUGGUACUGGACAAGAUAAACCAAAAUAAGCUGCCCCUGCGGCCGGACCCACGGGGGCUCAUUUCCAGAGGUCCAGACUUCACCCCAGCCUUUGCAGACUUUAGUAGGCUGAUUCCUGCAGGGAGAGGAGCACCGCUACUGAAUGUAAGUCUGAGACGGCCUCCUCCCCGCAAGAUCAUCAUGAACGUGUCUGUGAACGAUGAGGUACAGCUGAAGAAGGCUGAGAAUGCCUGGAAGCCUGGCAUGAAGAGAGAAAACACCACAGAGGACCCCGAGACCCAGAAAACUCAGGAGCUUUUCCGGAAGGUGCGCAGUAUUCUUAACAAACUAACGCCACAGAUGUUUAGUCAGCUGCUGAAGCAAGUGACAGACCUCACCAUCGACACAGAGGAGCGCCUUAAAGGGGUCAUCGACCUGGUUUUUGAGAAAGCCAUUGAUGAGCCCAGCUUCUCUGUGGCGUAUGGCAAUAUGUGUAGCUGUCUGGCUACGUUAAAAGUGCCCAUGGCAGACAAGCCCACUAGCACUGUGAAUUUCCGAAAGCUGCUGCUAAACCGCUGUCAGAAAGAGUUUGAGAAGGACAAAGUGAACGACGAUGUCUUUGAAAAGAAACAGCGGGAACUGGAAGCAGCUGCUUCAGCCAGUGAGCGCGAGCGGCUACAGGAGGAGCUUGAGGAGGCUAAGGACAAAGCCCGCAGAAGGUCCAUCGGUAACAUCAAGUUUAUAGGGGAGCUGUUUAAGCUGCGAAUGUUGACUGAGGCCAUUAUGCAUGACUGCGUGGUGAAACUGUUGAAGAACCAUGACGAGGAAAGUCUCGAGUGCCUCUGCAGACUCCUCACGACCAUCGGCAAAGAUCUGGACUUCGAGAAGGCCAAGCCACGAAUGGAUCAGUACUUUAACCAGAUGGAAAAAAUAGUGAAGGAGAGGAAAACUUCAUCACGCAUUCGCUUCAUGCUCCAGGACGUAAUUGACCUCCGCCUGCACAAUUGGGUAUCGCGGAGAGCCGAUCUGGGGCCCAAGACCAUUGAGCAGAUCCACAAGGAGGCCAAAAUCGAGGAGCAGGAAGAACAGAGGAAAGUUCAUCAACAGCUGCUAUCCAAGGACAAGAGGAGACCAGUAAUUCCAAGAGAGGAGACCUGGAACACUGUGCCUGUGCCUAAGAACAGUAGAACGAUAGACCCCAACAAGAUCCCCAAAAUCACCAAGUCAACAAUAGAUGAUAAGAUUCAGUUGGGACCGUUGGGACGAGCGCAGCUCAACUGGAUGAAGGGCAGCAGUGGAGGAGCUGGAGCCAAGGCCAGUGAAUCAGAUGUCUUGCGCCCCAGCAGCCUGAACCGUUACUCGCCGCUUCAGCCCUCCGUUCCAGCCUCUGCCUCCACUCCAUCUGCCUCCCCUGACUUUGACUCAAGAGGAGGCCUGAGCAGUCGUGGAAGCACAGGACGGGAGCGCAAUGAUAAACCAUUGACUCUGGGUCCUUCACGGUCUGGCCCUCCAUCUGUGGGUGGGCCAGGGAAGGAGGCUGCUGAAGAGCCUCUGCAGGAAGAAGUUCGCAAGGACACGCACAUCCCCGACACACCCAACCUGCAGACCAGUACAGCAAGCAGAAGCAAACUGGAGCGCAGCCAAUCCAGGGAAUCUGUAAAACUUGAAGCAGUGCCAGGUCCUACUUCAGACAAGCCUGCGUUAUCAGAGGAGGAGAUGGAGAGACGGUCCAAGUCCAUUAUUGAUGAGUUUUUGCACAUAAAUGAUUACAAGGAGGCCAUGCAGUGCGUGGAGGAACUGGAACAGGCCACAAUGCUAUAUGUUUUUGUGCGGGUGGGUGUGGAGUCCACGCUAGAGAGGAGCCAGAUCACGCGUGACCAUAUGGGCCAGCUGUUUUAUCAGCUGCUGCAAGCUGGGAGCCUCUCCAAAUCUCAGUUCUUUAAAGGGUUUUCAGAAACCCUUGAGAUAGCAGAUGAUAUGGCCAUUGACAUUCCUCAUAUAUGGCUGUACUUAGCGGAGCUGGUUAAUCCCGUGCUCCGGGAAGGAGGAAUCUCUAUGAGAGAAUUAUUUAGUGAAUUUAGCAAACCUUUACUCCCUGUGGGAAGAGCUGGCAUAUUAUUUUCUGAAAUAUUGCACCUUCUAUGCAAACAAAUGAGCCAUAGGAAAGUGGGGGCCUUAUGGAGGGACUCUGGACUGAGCUGGCCUGAUUUCCUCCCUGAGACGGAGGAUGUGCACAGCUUCAUUACUGAGCAGAAACUAGACUUCACGCUUUCUGAUUGCUCAAGUCCACCCGACAUGGCCUCUAUGAGAAGACUCUCGCCCGAAGAGCUGAACAAGCAACUUGAAAAACUUCUGGAGGAUGUGGCUAGCGAUGAACAAAUCUUCGACUGGGUAGAGGCAAAUCUAGAGGAGUUAGAAAUGAGUUCACCACCCUUCCUCAGAGCUCUGAUGACUGCUGUGUGUAAAGCAGCAGUCAAAUGGGAGAACAACUCCUGUAGAGUGGACACGGCCAUUAUCCAAAAGCGUUUGCCUGUAUUACACAAGUACCUUAACUCGGAUACGGAGAGACAGUUGCAAGCACUUUAUGCACUUCAAGCUUUGAUAGUGAAACUGGACCAGCCUCCGAACUUACUCCGUAUGUUCUUCGACUGUUUGUAUGACGAGGACGUAAUAUCGGAGGACGCGUUCUACAAGUGGGAGGCCAGCAAGGAUCCGGCUGAACAACAGGGCAAAGGGGUAGCGCUUAAAUCCGUGACCGCCUUCUUCACGUGGCUCCGAGAGGCUGAAGAGGAGUCGGAGGACAAUUGACGAAAGGGGAAAAACGGACACGUUUGCGAGCACGUGCUGACAAAGACCAUAGUUGCUGAAACAAUAACUGCAUCUUCGAAAAUGAAAUACAAGCAAACUUUACGUAUCAAUGGAAAGAAUGAAGAGCACCAGUGCAAAUGGUACAGUUCACUGACGUACAGCGGCGUGAUGACUUAAUUGCUGGAGCACUAAAUACAUGUAUUAUUUAUAGUAAUAUUUCAUUUAAAUUUUUAAUUUCCUCUUUUGUUACUUUUUAAGGAAAGACUUUAAUAAUACAUUUGUGCUAUAAUGAAACAAAAGCUCAGUUCAGACUCUAAUUUAUGAUUUUUUCCCCUCCUUUUUUCUUUUCUUUUUCCUAUUUUAAAGACCUGCAAACAAUUGUAUUUAACAUUUUGCAUAAUGGUCAAAAUGAGGCAUUGGUGGAUAUAGAAAUAAAUAAAUAAAUAAUGUUAAUAAUGAUGAUAUUAAUAUAAUAACUAAGUUGUUUGAAAGGCUCCCUGACUUUCAGAUUGUUCGGUUAAGGACAAUCGCAUUUAAUAGAGAAACGAGUCAGGUUUUUCGGGAAGUUUGACGUAGAUUUACGUCAGAUGUUUUAAGGUUAUUAUUGACAACCUUGCCAGUUUUCCUUCUGCUUUAGCUUAUUCUACAUGGAAACACUGAAUCCAGCAGAACUAUGCAUUCAGAAGACUGCUGAGAUUACGAUCAAAACAAGACCUUUGAAUGGAGCAAAUGGCAACUUGUACAAAGACACUAAAGAUGUUGCUAAACCUAAAGUGCUUGUAAUUCUUAACUGAGAGCAAAUUUAAAACAUGUAAAUAAAUUAAAAAGCAAAAAAAACAAAAAAAAAAGUUAA